GAUGUCCACGGGAACAUUGGCCUCGGAGCACAACACUCCAGAGCUUGUUUGGUUCAGCAGACGGGACGUAGCGUUGAAACGUUUGGAAAUUUGGAGAAGGUGUACGUUGAUGAAAUGAAGACCAGCGAUGAACUUCUCCACAUUGACGUCCAUGUGGAUCAAAGUGAAGACCGCACCUCCGUCCUGGACCUCUUCAGGACGCUGAGACCUCACUGGAGGCCACAAGACAUCCGAAUGAAGACGUUCACCGAGGGCAUCACCAACCAACUGCUGGGAUGCUCGGUGGACGAGUCCGACUGCGUGCUGGUACGAGUGUACGGUCAACGGACCGAGCUCUUUGUGGAUCGCCAGCGGGAGAUGGAAAUGUUCCGCCUCCUGCACGCUCACGGCUGCGGCCCGCAGAUCUACUGCAGCUUCCGCAACGGCAUCUGCUACCAGUUUGUUCCUGGAGACGUGCUGGAGGACAAGCUGCUUUUCCAGCCCUCCAUAUACAGAUUGAUUGCGACGGAGAUGGCGAGAAUCCACUCCAUCCGUCCAGCAGGCGCUCAUCCCCCCGAGCGUCUACUGUGGACAAAGCUGUCUCGUCUUCUCACGCUCUUAGAGGACAGUAGCAAGAGUUCCACAUUCAACCCUCAGUUGCCCGGCUUGGCGAGGUUGUCGGCGGAGGCGGAGUCACUGGAGCGACACCUCUCGUCAUUGGGCUCGCCCACCGUGUUGUGCCACAAUGAUCUCCUGACCAAAAACAUCAUCCAUGACCGCCAACAGGGGAAGGUAAGAUUCAUCGACUACGAGUACGCCGAGUACAACUACCAAGCCUUCGAUAUUGGCAAUCACUUCAAUGAAUUUGCUGGCGUUCAGGAUGUGGACUACAGCCGCUACCCAAGUCGCAGCCUGCAGAGCGACUGGCUUGAGGCCUACCUGUUGAGUUACAAACACUGCACAGGGCAAGACGUCAGCGUCACCCGAGACGAGGUGACGCGUCUCUACGUACAAGUCUGCAAGUUCUCCUUGGUAUCCAACUUCUUCUGGGGUUUGUGGGCAAUUCUCCAGUCUCACUACUCCUCCAUUGAUUUUGACUUCCACAGGUAUGCCAUGGCGCGACUCAACCGCUACUUUGAGAAGAAAGAAGAAUAUUUUUUAAUGGAAUGAAUCGACCGGGGAACGUACAAUCAAACAUAACUGGAGUAUGAACACUCUUUGGAAAUAAAUAUAUUAAUAAUCCAGUAAAAAAAAGUAUUUUUGAUAUCC